AGCAAGGCGGAAGUCUCACAGGCGCGGGGGAUUCCCCGAGGGAAGUUCCCAACGCGUUAUAAAACAUGUAAAAAUGUACAUUUGUUCGAAAUACACCAUAUCCUCUCCCACACGUCGUACAUAUAGGCCACUCGAAGAAUAAGAAGCUGUCGCAGUAUCAAAACAAUAGUUUGGCAAUUUUCGAAUGAAGGGCCCAUGACUGCCGUGUCAGUAAUGAUCGUGGAGCGCACGGCAUGGAGAGGAAUAUUGGAGACCAGCUCAACAAGGCAUUUGAAGCUUACCGCCAGGCCUCUAUCGAGCGAGACAGCGCCAAAAGGGAACUACAGAAGACGAAUGAAUAUUAUCAACGGCACACUCAGAAACUUCAGAAACAGAUAGAAGACCAGCAGCAGUUGAUUUCAAAACUCAAAGUUCAGUUGAUAGCAGCAACUAAGCAACCUUCAGGAGAGGUGAAAGGUGAGGAUGUUCCUAGAAAACAGGAAGAGGAAACCCUGUCUUCUUCCAACCAUCUCUUCGACAACCCAAGCAGCUCCUUCCGGAAGAUUCAUUACUUGGAAGGGAACAUGGAAACUGCAAUGAUUGUGUCACCUUCACCACACACAGCACCUGUAAACAGCAGUUUUGAGAAAAAAGAUGUUUUUGAGGCGUUUCAAGCUCUUCAGGGGAAAUUCCAGCAGAUACAGACAUUAACCCGGAGACAAAAAGAUCACCUGAAAAAAAUCUACAAAGGAAAUUACAUGGCAAAUGAGCAGCAGUUCUCCAUGCCCAUUCAGUGUACAGACGUGACCGUGGAGCAGGCGGAGAGGCCCUUCCCCUCAGCCUUAAGGCCAGGGGUCAUCCUCCAGCACCCGCCCACGCCCCUAGCAUCCCGUGGUGCCAGCCAAGAGGACAGAGACCUAGUGGACUCCCUCACCAGACUCAGCGUCAAGUUCCCCCCCUCCACAGACAGUGAAUACGAGUUCCUGAACAGCGCUCCAGAGAAACACUUUGACCUGUCUAUGCCAAGGCAACGGGCAGCAUUCAGCAGUAUCCCUGCCAUCAUAGAGGAAUCGUCUAUGGAGCUGGCCAUCCCAUUCCUGUAUCCUACAUCUCCCUCUCACCCCACCUCCCCCUCCACCUCACUCUCACACGAGAGUGUGCGUGGACCCCUGCAGCCUCUGUGGAGCCCUGAGCUUUGUGAUGCAGUAGCAGCAGCAGCACAGGCCGUGAGUGCGAAGCCACAACAACAGAUCAACAACAGCCCUGAUAUCUGUGCCUACUGCAACGCGGAAGUUCCCCAAGACCAUAUGAAAAGCCACCUUUUCACUCAUUGCCAGAGGGAGAGUGAAGCCAGCAAUUGACACUAGCAGACAGUGGCUGCCCAAUGAAACACCUCUAGGCUUAAUUCAUGGUUUAUUCAUGUCUUUGUUGCCACGCCAUGAAUUACACGCGCUGGGCUGGAUGUCACAUGACACCUGCGUUUGCAACGGGACUAGAAUCCACUCUUGAUCGUAUAUUUAAAUUGUAAGAGUUGAAUGGUACAUUUUACAGUCGUCGUCUUAAGAUAUUACUUUGAAAUUGUACACAUCUAGACCUAUGAAAUGAUAUUGUACAGUAUGUAGGUUUAAGUAUAAUAAAGCAAUAAUUUAAUCUUGA